AUGAUAAAGACCAUACUUCGGCGAAUCCAUAAAUUUCCUCCUAAUCGCUAUUUAGAUGAAUAUGGGGAUUUUUUCGAUAGAGACCAAGAGCUGCUACAUAGGAGAUUCCAAAAAAUAAGGUCAGACCGUAUAUCUAUUGAUUUCGAUAACGUACCAGAGCUUUUCGCGACAACUCGAAAAAAUGAGAACACAAUCAGGGAUUUAUGAAGGCAUAGAAAAGUAGCUGGGGUCAUUUUGGGACUAAAAAAAUCAUUAGGUGUAGACUAUUUUUUUUCUUAUAAAAAUAACUGUAAAUUGCCUGUCAUUUUGGCAAAGGACGAAUUUCCAGAAAUAAAUCUCGUUCACCCACUAGAAGAUGCCUAUAGGCUCAUGCGUGACAAAAAUGAUUAUGGAUUUGUCGACCCUUAUGAUAUCAAUAUUGAUGAUGACGAAGAUCAAGUCCGAGUCUUCUGCAAAGAUGUAGACACUCACUUAAUCUAUCAGAACUGGCCAAUGUGGUGCACCUUUCAGCGCUUUAUUCCUGGCAGACCUAACAGGAUGCUUAUGAAAGUUGCUAUCAACGAUUGGGAAAACUCUGAACCUAAAAUUCGUGGAGGCCGCUUAAUCGUUAAGGAUGAUUUUGUAUGGGUUGACGUUUAUAUUCCUGAAUACCCACGAGUUCUCCUUGCCGAUCUUUCAGAGACCACCCCAAUGGAUAAGUAUACAGUCGCUGAUUUAGAAAAAUGCUUACCUGAUGGAAUUGAGAUAGCUCCUGUGUACAAAGACAAAAGAAAACAAAUCAUUUACAAGUUUGCUUUAGGCUAUAGAACCAUCAUGUACGAUUCUUGGCUUCAUAACGAAUUUGACGUAACCAGAGCUGUAGAUAUUGACAGGACAGCUUUUGGUCUACCAAUCCGUGCUCCUAAGACAGAAAAAGCUGUUGACCCGCUUCCUCCAGAAAAACAAUACUUGCCUAAAUCAGAAGAAGAAAGGAUCAGAAAAGUCGCUCAGCUUUUAGGAAAAAGCUUUGAUGAAGUUAAAAGAGACAUCAUUGUAGGACGACAAAACAGAGAAAAGGAUAAAAAAGUGGUCGAAGAAAGGAUCGCUAAGCAGCGCAAAGAGUAUGAGAAAUACCAAAAAGCCAUGGAAGUCAGUGAUGCACAAACUUCAUCAGCCACUGAGAAGCCUGCUGGUAAGAAAAAAUAA